AUGUCUCCAAGCCCCCGAGAGGCAGACAGCGGAGGUGAGACAGACAAGUUGGAGAUGGAGGACGGGGGAGUGAAAGAGAGGUCAAAGAGAGAGAGAGAGAAAAUGAUGCCUAUUCUCAGACGACAAACGCAGAAUCACCAUCGGCCUGAUAAAGCAGAAAUCCGUCUCUGUAUCUUGCCGCGGCCUCAGUCUGGACGACUGCAAAUUCACACUCACACUCACAAUUGUACACAUGCGAAUGUGUUUGCCAUACGCCCAGACCUGGCUGGCAGACGCGCUUCAGGCAGACGGACACAUGCUCACCGCAACGCCUGCUCAAACACGACACUCAGACCUUCUUUCCGUCAGCUCUUCCAAUAA